CUCUAAAAACCUCCCUUUCUUCCUUUCUCUCUCUAAAAACCCCGGUCCGAUCCUUCUUCCCUCUUCCCAAAUGUCAUCUUCCUUUCCGCCGCCACUCACCGUCAUCGGCGGCGGCUUCGCGACACCCGCCGACGUCGCCUCGCAACUUCCGCCGCCGUACUCCGACGGCGCCGGAGGCGCCACCUCGUCCUCCGUCGUCAUAGUCAUCAUCAUCAUCGCGUCCGCCGUCAUCGUCUCCGCCUCCAUCUACCUCUUCCUCCGCUGCCUCUCCAAGCGCUUCCACCGAUCCUUCCGCACCUACUCCGCCGCCGACGACGUCGUCCUGCGUCGCGACUCCUCCGGCGGGAUCUCCGGCCAGCAGCGGGAAUGCCACGUGCCGGCUUCAAGUUUGCUCGACGCGCUGCCGCUUUUCACCUUCCGCUCCGUCACCGGCAACCUCACCGGCGGCGAUUGCGCCGUCUGUUUGUCGAAGUUCGAGCCGCACGAUCAGCUCCGCCUGCUGCCGCUCUGCUGCCACGCCUUCCACGCCGCCUGCAUCGACACGUGGAUCGUGUCCAACCAAACGUGUCCCCUGUGCAGGUCCACCGUAGUCCCCUCAGACGCCGACGUACUGGAUAAAAUACUCUCCGCCGAAAACGGCGGCAACAGUCUUCGAAGCGGCAGCUUCCGGAUUGAAAUCGGGAGCAUCAGCCGCCGCGGAAGCGGGGCCGGGGAGGCGGCCGUGGAAGCAGGAGUGCGGCGGUCGUACUCCAUAGGCUCCUUCGAUUACAUCGUCGACGACAGCGGGUACGAGGUUCCGGCGGGUUCCGUCGCACAUCGCAGGGGAAUUUCCGAUUGCAAUUCCGCCGACAAGGAAUCGUCCGUCGGAAUCCAGAUGCCGGAUCCGCCGGGCGAGGCUCUCGCGGCGGAGGUAUCCAGCGGGAGAAAUUGGCUGAGGGAUUACGUUGACAGGCUGGCCUCCGUCUCAAUUUCGUCCCGUGCGAUGUCGUUUAGGAGCUCGGGAAGAUUCUUCUCCGGCAGCAGUCGCCGGACGGACCCCGUCGCCGCCGCCGAGGAUCUGGAGGCGAACCGUGUCGGAGAGGAAAUCAGUGAGCUCUUUCGGUGGCUUUCCGGAGUCUAAAAUGUAAAUUCUCCAAACCCUUAGGGGUAAUUUGGUAACUUCGGCACAUAAUUUCAUUUUUUAUUUUUUCUUAAUUUUGUUAAUUCCCACAGAAACUCUUGAUUUUGCUGUCCACACUUAGAUCAGUAAUACUCUUUAUUAAAUAUUAUAUAUAUAUAUAUUUGGAGUGGAUUUUUAGCAAAAUAUGAAGUGCGAAUACAAUUAAUUCUUUUU